AUGGCCACCUCUUCAGGGCAGCCCUCCUUGAUCCCUGAUCAUCCUGAUGAGAACUUUGAGCAGGACCUGAAGGCUGCUGUGAUGGAGGACAUAGCCCUGGCACGGUGCCCGGCACGCUAUUAUCAGCAGCGUCCUUGUCACAGUGGCCGCGCCGUGACCAGAUGUCCCAGGGCCUGUUGGAUUCCCGGCAGUCCUCGUCCUCCGGAAUUUUCCCAGAAUCACCUCCUGUCCACGCUCAGGAUCAGAGGUAGCCUCAGAGAGGAAAUGGAUUUGACUGGAGCCACGGCCCCCUCGACUGUGUCUACUCUGCCCACGCCCCCACUCCCAGCUUUUUGCUGCCACCAGGGCUUCCAGAACAUGCCCCCGAGCUCUGACUACAGUCCUUACAUUGUCCUGGUCCAGGGAGGCCCCGUGUACGGGGACCAGAGGAUGGGUGGGCAGAAAUCCAUCUGCCUGAGGAUGGAGGUUCACGGGCCAGGAGGUCCUCCCCUCAGGGUCCCCGGCCGGGUCCUUGUGGGCUUACUGGGUGACAGUCCUUCCUCUUGCUGGGUCCCCUGCUGGGGGGUGAUGCUGCUGGUUACAGACCAGGACACUGUCCCCAAAGGGGCCCGGAAGGCACCACGGGCCUCUCGACAAGGUGUCAAAUACAAGCCCAUCCCCACAGACCCCCGGGAGACCCCCAACAUCCAGGGGAGUCAGGGGACCUUCAAGGUAUCUCAGACCGCAGGGGAGGCUGGGAAAGGGGAGAAGGAGAAGAUCGUGACCCCGAAUGUCAGGGCAGGGAGGGGAGCUGCCUUGGUCAUGGCUGUGCCCCAGGUACAGGGCAGGCACACAGUGGGCCUUGAAGGCCCGGGGCAUGCUGCCAACUGCUCCAUGUGGACGGUCCUGCUGGCCUCCGAGGAGACCUGUGAGGCCGGGGACAUUGUCAUGCCCACUCUAGAGGGGUCCUAUCACUGUCCCCUGCCCACCCCCACCCCCAGAGGUCCUGAGGUCCCUACCUAUGCCAUCAACACCCAUUCGGUCCUCUAUAACGCCAUUGUAAUCAGUUCACAGGACACUGCCUGCCAGGAAAAGUUCCCAGACAAGGGAGUGGGUCUCUUGGUGGGAGACUUCUACUUCAGUUAA